CGACAGCGGGGCGGGGCCCGAGCGCACGGGCGCGUAACGGCGCAGGUCACGUGACACGGCCGAGGCGCUUGGCCUCCAAGAUGGCGGUGUGCAUUGCGGUGAUCGCCAAGGAGAAUUACCCCCUGUACAUCCGCAGCACCCCCACGGACAGCGAGCUCAAAUUCCACUACAUGGUGCACACGUCCCUGGACGUGGUCGACGAGAAGAUCUCGGCCAUGGGGAAGGCCCUAGUGGACCAGCGGGAGCUUUACCUGGGCCUGCUCUAUCCCACAGAGGACUACAAGGUGUAUGGCUACGUGACCAAUUCCAAGGUCAGGUUCGUCAUGGUGGUUGACUCUUCCAACACUGCCCUUCGAGACAACGAGAUUCGCAGUAUGUUCCGGAAGCUGCACAGCUCGUACACGGAUGUGAUGUGCAACCCCUUCUAUAACCCUGGGGACCGGAUCCAAUCCAGGGUCUUUGACAACAUGGUGAGCUCCAUGAUGGUGCAAGUAUGCUGAGACUCUGUGGCACUGCUCAGGAGAACAGCUGGGCUGGCUGCCUCUCCCCACAUGUGUGCGGGCUGCGUGCUGGCUCCCCGACGCCUCUCCCUGACUGUGCGGGCUGCGUGCUG